AAGAACGCUGAUGAUGGGCUUAGAAUGAAGGGCUGAGGGCAGAUGUUGAAUCCGGUCAGAUUUCGAUUUAGAAUCUGUUCUGAUUUGGUAAACGUGAUGCUUGUACUGAAUCCGUCUCGGAAUGUCGCCGUAGAAAAGUAGUUCCGGUUACUUUGCGCUUUCAGGAAGAUUUUGUCAUAUCCAACUACACGUCUGUCAACUACAGUCGAGCGAAUCUUACUGUGAAAUAGUCUCGUGUGAGAGUUUCACGGUGAGCUAAUAAUGUUUCUUUAAAGCUUUACGCGAACAAGUGGAACAGACGAGGAGUUACGCAGUGAUGAUCUACACUUCCUGCAUCUGGCUAACAAAUCAGCGUGGAAUGAUGGCUAUGCUCUCGGGCAGAACGCAGCCGCAACUCGUACCGCCAGUUUUGUGAUGCCUUAAAUACGAUCCCAACACGCCCAUUAAAGAGGAGUACUCGCUGUGGGCUGACGGACAUGUUCUACACCAGCCUUCUGUCCAUGGACAGUUUAUAAAAGUGGACUUUUAAUCGUAUAGGGGCAUUUUGGUGGCACUACCAUAUCGAGAACCAUGGCUAGUAAGAGGAAGUCCACGAUUCCCUGCAUGAUUCCUGUAAAAGCCAUGCAUCUACAGGACGAUCUUGAGCAGGGUAGGCUUUCUCCCUUGGCCAAGGAAAGUGGUUUCUCCCAAAAGGUAGAGACAAGUGAAAAAGCCUUCCAUAGUGUGUGUGAAUCGUCAGGGCAGGAUGCAAGUAUUGCUCAAAAAGAUAAUGGCACUUACACCUGCAGACUGUGUAAUUUUGAAACCCAUGACCUGAACCUCUUCCUUGACCACGUCUACAGUGGCCACCCGGAGUUCCGCACCGACCCUUGCUUCCUCUGUGUGGACUGUGGAGUGAGUGCAGCAAAAUUCGAAGGUCUUGCCUUGCACAAUGCCCGUGUGCACCCAAGUACUGUCACCACUACAUUACAGUUGAAGAGAAAAGAUAGGAAGAUCACCGUGGAGCAGAGCGUGAUCGCUGGGCCUGGUGAAAGCACUAGCUUCAAGGAAUCGGAGAUCUCUAUCACAAAGACGCCUAUUAUGAAAAUGCUUAAGGGGAAAUCGGAGCCUAAGAGGAUUGUGGUAUCUCAUCCUGCCGGAGAUGAAGCCGCAACGGUAAAGCAAGUUGAGACGGCCGAUUCUCCGGCCAUUUCGGUCACCCAUGUUCCUACGAUCGUACACAACGGGGCGGCCAGCAAAGUCACUUUGCCAUCAGCAAUACAGAUAGUCAACGGCUCCGGAGCUCUUCCUAUACUUAAGACGGCCAUCACCCAAGUGGUGUCUGUAGUACAGAACAGAAGUGUCAACCAGCAGUCAUCUUCGGCUUCUCUUUCCACUCCUUCAUCCUCUUCAAAUUCUUCCUCCUCGAGCUCCAAAAACCUACCAAAGGUGAUGAUUCCUCUGAGCAGCAUUCCUACCUACAAUGCAUCCAUGGACAACAGCAGCUUCCUGAAAACGUCCUUCAGCAAGUUUCCGUACCCAACCAAGGCGGAGUUGUGCUAUCUCACCGUAGUUACCAAGUAUCCAGAGGAGCAGAUCAAAAUUUGGUUCACAGCACAGAGGCUUAAGCAAGGAAUUAGCUGGUCACCAGAGGAGAUAGAGGAUGCCCGCCGAAAGAUGUUCAAUACUAUCAUACAGACAGCGCCCCCUGCUGGUCAGCAGCAGCGCCAGGCUCAGCAUAGCACCUCUCAGCAAACCAUUACAGUCCUACCGGCCUCCCUGGGUGCUUCCAGCAUCCCUCACAUUUUACAAGGCAGCCUGGUUGGCCAAGGAGGCGUGAUUGUUACACAGCCCAUGAUCUCUAAUGGGAUACAGGUCAGCAGUGCCCCUGUUGCCCUGGCUGUAACACCCAAGCCCCAGGCUGCUGCCAAGCCCAUGAUGCAGGCAAAGCCUGCUGCCGCCCUGGUGGCUGAUAAGGGGCUAAACAUGGUGGUGGGCAGUGUUGGAAGCAGCAAUAGUGGCAACACCACCAUCAGUAGUAGCAGCAGCACUGGAGGCAGUGGUACAAGCAGCAGCAGCACAAGCAGUAUUAUUAGUAGUAUUAGCACAAACAGCAGUAGUGCAAAUAAUCACACCAGCGUGAUUAGCAUGGGUGUCAGCAGCAAUGGUAAAAUGAAAAGCAACAGCAGCAACAGUAAGGUCAGCACAUCUAGCACUAAUGGCAGAAGCAGUACACCUAGCAACAACAAUAGCAAAAUGGUUAACGAGAACAAAAACAGCACUAAUGUCAAGAAUACUAUGACAAAAAGUAGCGCUGACAUUAAAGACAGCACUGAUAAUAAAGGAAACACUAACGAAAGCAAGAGCAGCCGAAGCAAUAGUCCCAGCGAUGCAGCCAGCUCCAGUCCCACUCCCACUAUCACCAGUGACAGCACCCUGAGUAAGCCAGAAUCCCCAUCACCAGCAUCUGCUAACUCUCGCACUCUCCCUUCUGCUAGCUUCCUGGAUCCCAGCUUUUAUAAAGGCAAAAAGUCCCAGGAACAGCUGUCUGCCUUAAAGGAGAGCUUCCUCAUCAGCCAGUUCCCCAGUCAAGAGGAGGUGGACAGGCUCAUAAGUCUGACUGGUCUGACGGUUCGUGAGGUACGGAAGUGGUUCAGUGAUCGUCGCUACCACUUUCGCAAUCACAAGGGCUCAAGAUCAAGCACUGGUGGCCAAACUGCAACAGCCACUAGUUCCUCUGCCUCCAGUGCCUCUGGCGACAAUGCAGACAGUGCUGCAUCAGCGGAAAGGCCUAGAACUCCUCAACAGAUACCUCUGAGUCCUUCACGGCAACAGCAGACAACGCCACCGACACCUACCCGACGUCACCCUCGACCCCCGUCCCCAGACUUCACAGCAAUACGGUACAAAGAAAGGGAGCCUCACCAGGUCCGUGCCCUAGAGGCGAGCUUUGCCCAGGAUUCCGAUCCAUCCGAGGAAGAGGUGGACAGGUUACGGGCAGAAACCAAGAUGACUCGACGCGAGAUCCAUGGCUGGUUUGCCGAACGGCGGAGGAGAGUGGCAGCUGAAAAGAAGAAGGAGGAGUUAGAACGUGCAGAAAGGGAGGAAGAGGAGGAUGAGGAAGAAGGAGUGGGUGAAAAGGAUAAAAAUGAGACAGCAGAAGAAAAACAAGACGAGGAUGAAUCAUCGGAAAUGAACCAGCAGGUCAAGGAUGAUGCGUCUGGAACUGCACCAAAGGUUAACCCGAUAAAGAUCAAUCUGAAAAUGCUAAAAGUUACCGAAGCCAAUGGAAAAGGUGAAAUGGAAGGAAGUCCACAACCAGAGACAACUAAAGUGCCUUCUCCUGUCUCUCAAACAUCCACGCCUCCACCACCACCACCACCACCACCAUCCCAAACACCAAAUCGAGGAAAGAAGACACCAGAGCAGCUCCACCUACUUAAACAAGCCUUUGCUCGCACCCACUGGCCCAGCAGCCCUCAGUAUAAUGAGCUAAUCACCAAAACUGGACUGCCACGCCCAGAGGUGGUGCGCUGGUUCGGGGACUGUCGCUACGUCCUAAAGAACGGCCAGCUCAAGUGGCUCGAGAGCUAUCAGUCGAUUGUUGAAGAGGAGGACCUCCAGAAAGGCAAUGUUACUGUCCUUCAGGACCAUUUAAAUGCCUAUGGAAAUCUGGUAGAGAACCAGCUGGAGGAGCUGGCCAAGUCCAGUGGGUUGAGCGAGGAACUGGUCAGGAAAUGGUUCGCAAAACAAACAAAAGCACACCCACUGUCAGAGGACAGGAAGUCUGAGGAUGUGGAACCUUCACCCUGCACAACCAAAGGCAAACCUGCCUUAAAAUCUCUUCAACAGGAUGAAGGAGACAUGAGAGAGGAACCCAUGGAGCUGAUGGUGACGGACCUCAGUAAAGAUCAGACCACAAAGAAGACAACUGGAGAAGACGUAGCUACCAACAAUGAGCCAGAGUGUGACGACUGAUUCGACGGUGUGUAUGGGACCAGGAGUGAGUGUGUGUGUGUGUGCGAGAGAGUGACAGACAUGUCUCGCUGUAGGAUGUCCACCACAGGAGGCCUUUUACUGGAGAUUUGUGAAGAAUCCAGCACUCGACAUCCUUCUGUUGUGUCGUCGUCUUUUUUUUUUUUUUAAACCCAACACAAAAAAUGUCAGAAAACUUUCUUUUUAUUAUUACGACCCAUUUUUAAGGGCCAGAGGAACAUUUCAGCUCCAAGGAGGACGGACGGACAGUUAGAUGGCGAGACACGUACAUGAUGAAACCGUGUAGAUGUUCGGUAACGUUGCGCUGAAAUCGUCCAGGAAUCAUGUAGGUUGGAGGUACAGGAUAAAGACUCGUACUGCACAGCUCUCCGUCAGCUCUUUUAAAAAGAUGAAAGAAAAAAGAAGGCCUAGGAGUCGUCUAUCCCGUAUUCCGUAGUUCGAGCAUCACAUUGCCUUUGUGUACGUUUUUCCUGACCGCAGUAAUUCAAAAAAAAAGAAAAUCAUGUCUGUUUGUUUAAAGUGUUUCAGCGUUAUGAAUACUCUUUAGGAUUGUUGUAUAAUUUUUACAGAUAUUUGCAGAAUAAAUACAUUUAAAAACUC